GCUGGCCAAACCCAGUACCCGGUCUGUGUUCGCCUGACCGCACAACGCGGAGCGACGCCUGAAGCUAAGUUUCUCCAUCGUCUCCACGUUCAUUUGCCUGGCAACAAGACAACAGCACCAACAACCAUGGGAGUCGCGCCUUCGUAUGUCUGGGACCCGCAUAGGCCAGUGCCGAUGCCAGUGCUCAAGCUGUUCAUUGACGUGAAGUCUAACAGGGGAAUUCAUAUCCACUACCCAUUUGGCUGGAUGAAGGACAUCAGGACAACUCUUCCAACACCAUAUUUUCACGGCAUGACAGCAAGAAUAUUUUGCUUUGUCCCUGAUAUUACGCAGCAGAUUGAGCUCCUGAUAUACGAAGACGGUCACGAGGACGAAUGGUACGCAGGCUUCGAUGUAACCGGCGGUUUUGUGUACUACAAGGCGUCGGAAGGCCCGCGCGGCAAGGCGCGCUUCUACGCCUUGGCCACCGCAGCCGUAGCGAGCUAUUACAGCGUCGCCGUUCAGAUGCAUGAAGACAAGUCAUUCAAGCUUUACUUUAAUGACCAGGUCAAGUAUACUGCCAACAUGGACACAAUUUCAGGAAAGAAGUGGAACGUGAAAUUCACUAUUGCAAAGCACGUUUUAUGGUCACUACACUACACCGACGAAAUCAAGAAAUUCUUUCCUACAAAGGGAUUGGGACCGUCGUUCUGGUUUCCGGGAACUAAACUGGUGGUCGGCACAGUGAUCAAGUUUCAGGGUGAAGCCGUCCGGUUCAACGAGACGGAUGUCAUCGAAGCGAAGUUUGGUCCACCGACGAUGAAGCUCUCCUACAAGUCUAGCGCCUGGUAUGAGGGCAGAACUAUCGGUUUCAUCGUCAAAAGAACGGAACAGUCUUUCAUUUUGAUGAGUGACUUUUCCAACGAGGGUGCAGUGAGAUUCACACCGAGCGAGGAGCCUUACAAGAGUGGCGAGAUCAAACCCGAGUUCAACGACAGCUUUCGCUUGUUAAACGUUUACGUUGAGUGGAGCACAUAUACCUCGUAAAGUACGACAUACGCACUUCGGAGAAGUCAGAUGCCACUAAUUUGCAAUCUUAGAAUUCACGAGGCGCAUGCACAUACGACGUUACGAAGUUGGUUACGACGUUGUCGCAGUUCAUCAGCCAAAUUUGGGGCGAAUAAAAAAGUCGAAUAUUUCAAGCACCGGCAAAUGA